UUAGGAGGUUGUGCUGCAUCUCACUUUGCUGCUGCUUCACAGGUGAGAUGUAUGUGUCGGACAAAUGUGGCAGCGACCAGGAUGGAGACGGCACGGAGCAAAAACCUUUCAAAACUCCUCUCAAGGCUCUGAUGUUCGCUGGGAAGGAGCCGUUCCCGACCAUCUACGUAGAAUCACAGAAGGAGGGAGAGCGCUGGGCGGUGAUCUCUAAGACGCAAAUGAAGAACGCAAAGAAGGCCUUUAACCGCGAGCAGAUGAAGUGCGAUGCCAAAGAAAAGAAGGAGGCGGAGGACAACGAGAGGAGAGAGAAGAACCUCGAAGAAGCCAAGAAGAUCGUGAUUGAGAAGGACCCGAGCCUGCCCGAGCCUGAAGUGGUUAAAAUUCAUCAUCUGGAGCCUAAGAGAGGUCAGAGAGUCAAAGUGUUUGGCUGGGUUCAUCGCCUCAGGAGACAGGGGAGGAACCUGAUGUUCAUCGUGCUGAGAGACGGAACUGGUUUCCUGCAGUGUGUCCUCUCUGAUAAACUGGUACAGCUCUAUAGCUUCCUUAUUUUGCACUUUUCACGCUGA